UACGUCGGCCACCAGAACGUGCUACACGAGAGGCUGGUGGUCCUCUACGACUUGCAGGGCCAGCGGCACGUGGACUACAAGACGGUGGUGACGAGCAUGGAGGAGGGGGCCUUCCCAGACUGGCCUGUCCGUGGCCCCCGCACGGAGCUGUGGACGCUGAAGUUCAUGGAGGCGCACGGGGGCACCCCCACUGGUCGUCACUCGAGGUGGCUCUCAGAGACGCGAUUCGCUGGUCACGAGCCUGGCGUCGAUGAGCACGAGAGAGUUUGCCGUAUUCUAGAGCGGAAGGUGGUGCACGACCCGCUGAACGUGGCGAACCUCGCCUCUGGCGAGAUGUUGGCGCGGGCGGCGCAGCUCCAGGAGGAGCGGUACCGCGACAGGCUCGCGCCGGCCGUGGAUUCGCCGAACGAGAACGCUCACGUGAUGUUGGGGACGGACCAGCUCCGCGGCCACGUGUGCGUCGCCCCGGCGCUGCAGGAGUUCUGCAGGGACGAGCUGUCCAGGCCGAAUGCGUACCGCAAGGUGCACAGAAAAGCCAGAGAGGAGCGCGAGUUGUCCCGAAAGUCAGGCAAAGACAAGAAUAAGGGCAACGGCGGCAAGGGCUCUGGCGAGAAUGAUAAGCGUGACUGGGCCAAUGACGCUAGCGAUGUCAUGAAUGCUGUAUGCGCUCCUGGGGCUCAGCCGUCGGCCGUCGGUCUUGCCGAAUGUCAGCGGGCGUCGCUCGAGCACAUUCAGUCCGCGUUCGCCAGCCUGGAGACGCUCCCCGCUGUUGAAGGUUUUGAGGACGGAGCUCCCAGUGAGCUCCUCGACGGCUCCCCGCGUUACAGCUCGGGGGGGCCGCGGUGGCCCCACUCGCGGGACCUGAUCUCGUGGCCGGAUGUUGGCGAAGACCCCGUCCCCAUCACGGACGUCGUUGCUGACCCGGGCGCUCAGUGGCUUAGGGCUUGGAGCUCGAGCAUGCUGCGUGACCGAGGUGAGGCUGAUGCCCUCUUGCAGCAGGUUUGCCCUCGCGGGCCGUGUGUCGACCCGCACCUCUCCUUCUCGCCCGUCACCUACGGCGAUUUCCUUGCUGAGAUGUUUAAGCGCAAGAUGGUCUGCUUCCAGGUGGAGGAUCCCAGCAUCAAGCCAGUUGGAGUCUUUUGCUUGGCAAAGAAGAGCGGCCGUCUGAGACUGAUUUUCGACACUCGUACAGCGAAUGCCUACUUCGCCGAUCCGCCCGCCACCGCGCUGCCAAGCGCAGCCGCCUUCGCCAACCUGGAGGCGCCUGGUGGUCGGGUGGUCGUCGCAGCUGGGGACGUGGACAACGCGUUCUAUCGGCUGAAGCUGCCCGACGGGCUCUGCGACUACUUCCGGCUGCCGCCUAUCGCUCGUCGGCAUCUGGAGGCUCGGGGCGUCGCUGGGCUCCCGCCGACGGAGCGCGUGCAGGCCUGCCUCGUCGUGUUGCCCAUGGGCUUCUCGUGGGCCUUGCACAUGUGCCAGCUAGCGCUCCGGGCAGGCAUUGAGCGGGCGGGGGUGCCCCGCCAGCUCGUCAUCGAGGAUGGGCUGCCCGGCGUGGUGAUCCGGCCCGAGGGGCAGGCGGCCGUCGCCGGGUAUGUCGACAACUACGUGGCGGUCAGCUCGGUCGAGGCCGAGGCGGGCCGGGCCCUCGCCAGCGUCACGGCGGAGCUGGAGGGCGUCGGGCUGCGGGUGCACACGCCCGAGCAGGCCGCGGACAGCUGCAGCUUCUUGGGCAUGGAGCUGCGGCGUGGGCGCUGGCUGACCAUCAAUGGGCGCACGGCGUGGAGGCUCCGCUACGCCAUCGAGGAGCUCCUGCGCCGCGGUCGCGCCUCGGGGCAUUUGGUCCGCAUCCUCGUCGGCCACCUGACCUGGGCGCCCAUGGUCGGGCGCGAGGCGCUCGGGCUGCUCAACUCCACCUACGCCUUCAUCGCCUCUACGGGCGCGGAGGUGCAGACGCUGUGGCCGGCGGUCCGCGCGGAGCUCUGGCGGGCGCGUUGCCUGCUGCCGCUCCUGGUGGCCGAUUUGACGGCUCCGUGGGCUUCGAGGCUGGUGGCCAGCGAUGCCAGUGAGGAGGGCCUCGGGGUGUGCCGGCGUCAGGCGCCCGUAGACCUCGUCGCCCGUUGCGGGCGGCAGUGCGAGCGCUGGCGCUACCGAGUCGCCGGCGGAGCGCGUGCGAGAGACAGAGCGCUCCUCCUGCCCACCUCCACUGCCCAGCCCCCUGGGCUGCCGUCGGAAUCGUCCCCAGAUGCUACCACGACGGCUUCGCCAUGCAUGCCGGACAUGUCCCAGGACACCUACCAGGACGCUGCCCGUGGCUCGCCGGAGGUCUUCGAGGGCGCGUGCGAGGACUUCAAAGGCUUCCAGGUGGCCAAGGGGGGCCUGGGCAUCGAGGGCUCCUCGAAGAAGCAGAUGGGGUUCGACGAGGCGGCCACGGACGCCCGAGCGAGGAGGGCAGCGCUGGCGGCCAGGCUGAUGGUCGAGAGGCCUGCGUCGGGUCAGCUGAGCGCGCUGGAGACGCUGGCGGUGAGGCCCGGCACCGAGGAGCAGUGCCGCAGGAUCCUGCAGGAGUUCGUGGCGUUCUGUUCCGCGAACCACCUGGACUGGAAAAGCCUCGGCCAGCUGGACGAGGCCACCACCAGAUUCCUGAACUACCAGUUCGCUCAGGGCGCGCCGGCGAGCCAAGGGUCGUUGCUCCUGGCCUCGCUUGCCCACUUCUUGCCGGGCCUCCAGGGCUCGUGGAAGGCCCAUUUGCUUCGGGCCACGAGGAGCUCUGUGGCGUGGCAGCGUCGGGCGCCCGCGAUGACCAGGGCGCCGCUGCCGUGGUGCGCCGCUGUGGCCCUGGCCGGCCUGCUGGCCAUCAGCGGGCGGCGGCGCAUGGCGAUCUGGAUCCUGCUCGCGUUCAGCUGCUACCUGAGACCCUUCGAGGCGCAAGGGCUCCGCGGAGUCUCGCUGGUGCGGCCCGCCGCGGAGGCAGCUGCCUCGGCGGGGAGCUGGGCCCUGCUGCUCCACCCUGCGAGCGAGGGGCGCCCGGGGAAGACAGGUCUAUUCAACGAGAGCGUCGUGAUCGACCUCGACCUGCACCUCUGGCCGCUGCUCGGCGCGCUGAAGGGCGUCGUGGGCCCCGAGCAGAGCCUCUGGGACUUCACCCUGCCGGCGCUGCGCGACCAGUUCAAGAAGCUGGACGCCCUCGGCCCGACGCUGCGCGCGCUGCGGCACGGGGGGGCGAGCUGGGACUUGCUGGAAACGCGCCGCACGUUGGAGCAGGUCCAGCGGCGCGGCCGCUGGGCAGCAGCCGCCAGCAUGAAGAGGUACGCAGAGGAGGCUUACCUGCAGGAGGUCAUGACCCGCGUGCCGGACUGGGUCUUCACGUUCGGGCGGGUCGUUCACGCCAGCCUGCAGCAGAUUGUCGAGCUCGGACCAGGCGUCCGGCACCACCCGCGCGCGUGGCAGCUGCUCCCGGCACUCGUCCAGGCGCUGAUCGCUGCCGGGCUGCCGUAG